AUGCCGGGUAACUCAGAUAGAUCAAACAAACGCAGUAAGGGCGGCUGGGUCCAGAAGAAGAGUCGAAAUGACAUUGAAGCUGGAGAAGUCGGCGUUUUCGUGACCUGCGAUAUUGGUAGAGAGGGUAAAUGUGUCGCUGAGGUCACCGAUGUCUUCUCACAGAUUAUUGAGAACUCUGCCAAACCUGCCGCAGAAGAAGAUUCGGACUCAGACGAUGGUGACAUCGAAGCCCAAAUUCAAAGAGAGCUUGAGGGUCUAAACCCAACCAAGAAAAAGUCCCGUCCCGUCCAAGCCAUGCAGCUUGAGAUGCCCUGUGGUAUGGCCUUCUCCUCCUUAACUGACGCGGCUAUGAUCUUUGCACGACUUAAUGAUAAGUCAAUAGAUCCGGUUCAGUUGGUUCACCAGCUAUGUCUGGACGCACAGGCCAACCCAGAUACAAAAAAGAGUCGAUAUAUCAAGCGCUUGACUCCGGUCACGAUGAUUAGGAAGACUUUGAGCGUGGAUCUAGAAGCCUUCGCGAAGGAAGUUCUCAAGCCACAUUUCCAUUCCGGUGGCCCUCCGAGAAAGUAUGCCAUUCGGCCUUCUGUCCGAGGUAACAACAAAUUCAAACGGGAUACCAUCAUCAAGACAGUUGCCGAUGUUGUUGGCCCCGAACAUCCUGUCGACCUUAAAAACUAUGAUGUGACAAUUCUUGUUGAUGUUGUUCAGAAUGUCAUUGGAAUGAGUGUUGUUGGGAGUGAUUAUGACCAGUUAAAACGGUACAAUAUCGCGGAAAUUUAUGACCCCUCACCAAAAGGAGAAGCUACACCGGCACCACCGAAAGAUACCAAGCCUGAGGACCCAGAAAAUAAAUGA